AUGAAGGCCGUGAUGCUCGGAUUGGCCUCGCUGGGCCUCGCCAGCGCCGUCCCCGGGCAGCAGCAGCAGCAGCAGCGACCGGGUCCCAUCCGCCGUGGGUGUCAGGUCCCCGACGACGGCGUCAUCCCGGACGUCGCCGCCCAGCUCGCCGGCAAGACCGCCCGCCGCCAGGCCUACCCGAGCAACUUCACCGUCGACGUCAACUUCCACCUCGCCAGCACCGAGGCCGAGGCGGACCUCAUCACGGACGCCAUCGUCGACGCGCAGUGGACGGUGCUGCACGACGCCUUCGCCCGGUACGACAUCAACCUGCGCCUCAACUCGACCGAGCGCGUCGUCGACAACAGAACGGGCUCGGCCUUCCUCGUCUACGAGGGCCCCGAGGCCGGCUGGGUCAACUACCAGGCCGAGUACGACGCCUACCUCAAGGCCACCCGGCGCGGCGGCUACGACGCGCUGAACCUGUACUUCUUCAGCAGCUACUCGCCCGGCGCGACGGGCUACUGCCAGUUCCCCACCGUCAUCGCCGACCCGGACAGCCUCACCUUCUACAGGGACUCGUGCCAGCUCAGCGCCAUGACCAUGCCGGGCUUCACCGUCGAGCAGGGCGGCUUCGAGGACUGGAACCUGGGCCACCUGGCCGUCCACGAGGCCGGGCACUGGUUCGGCCUCAACCACACCUUCGCCGGCGGCUGCUCCGACAACCCGGGCGACUUCGUCGCCGACACGCCCGCCCAGAGGUGGGAGGUCUACGGGUGCCCCGCCGACUCGGACACCUGCCCCGACCAGCCCGGCCUGGACCCCAUCCACAACUUCAUGGGCUACACGGCGGAUAGUUGCACGAACGAGUUCACGCCUGGGCAGAAGGACCGCAUGUUUUCGACUUUCUUCGGCUGGAGAAGAAAAUAG